AUGGCAGAUGGAACUUUGCAAAUUAAGAGCAUGGCAGAGACACAUACGUGUAGCAUAAGUUAUAGCAACCCUCAAGCUACUGCAAGUUGCCUUGCUAAAAAAUAUCUUGAUCGAAUUAGAGAUGAGCCCAAGAUGGGGUUGAGGUUAUUCCAAGCUCUUAUUAAGAGGAAAAGGAGUAAGAUGGUGCAAAAGCGUGUAGACUAA